CAAUCAACAUCAAUUGAGAUUAAGAAAUAUCUAGGAAAUUGUCGGGCUGUAGCCAUAUGAGAGGCAUGACUGCAUCAAUUCAUGUCGUCUCUCGUACGACCCGGUUAAUUUACACCAAUUCUGGACGGUUCCUACCACAGCUCUUUGGCCGAGGUUCUUUAGCCUCUCGCUCGUGGAUCUUGAAGUCACGGUCUUCCUCUCCGCAUGCUCCAGCACAAGUGUGUUCAGUACGUUUUUAUUCGUCUGUAUACAACCCAUCUCAGUCUCCAAAGAUGCCAUCGGGAAAAGGCGAUGGUUCCAAGUCGAAGCCGGCAACGCCCAGACCUAGCUCUAGUGUGAUUCUAAUCUCACCCAAGAAUGAAAUCCUGCUCCUUCACCGCGUCCAGACAUCGACAUCUUUCGCGUCGGCGCACGUUUUCCCCGGCGGAAACCUGUCGACCCAAGAUGGAGAUUGUCCACCUGCAGAAGAUUUCAAAAGACAUGAUGAUUCACCUGCAUACCGACGUGCUGCGAUACGAGAAUUAUUCGAGGAAAGUGGAAUUCUGUUAGCCAAAGACCGCGUCUCGGGGAAGAUGUUGGCUGUUGGAGAAGAGGAGAGGGAGAGCGGGAGACGGUUAAUUCACCAGCAGGAGAUAAGCUUCGACGAGUGGUUGGGGAAACUGGACUUAGCAGCAGAGCCGGAUAUAGACAAGUUGAUUCCGUUUUCACGAUGGAUCACCCCGACCAAUGUGCCUCGACGGUAUACAACGCAGAUGUACCUCUAUUUCCUGCCUUUGCCCGUCGAAUCCGAGAAGCAGCUCCUAGACGCAAUUCCCGCCGAAGGCGAACGGGAGGAGAUACAGGUCCCAACGAGCGAUGGCGGCAUCGAAGUCACAGAGGCGAGGUUCCUGCCCGCCACCGAGUGGCUUCGGAUGGCAAACAGUGGCGAGAUUAUCCUAUUCCCUCCACAGUUUCUGCUAUUGCAUCUGGUGUCGGAGUUUCUGGACAAGGGUUCGCGAGCUGAGAACCCUAGUGCUGAGGAUCUGGCACAGCGACGGUCGGAAUUGGUCGAGUUUGUGCAUUCGGGCACGCCACCUUGGACGGAUAAAUGCAUCUCGCCAAAGAUGCUUCAAAUGACGCCUGAUGGACGGGCUGUCUUGGCUUUGGAUCAUCCAGGACCGGAGUUGAAGGGGUCUGACAGACGCGGGGAGUCAGAAAGGGUUGUAUUGGUACGAUUCAAGAAGGGGGCUGCCCGUGAGGUGGAAGUUGGAUGGAAGAAGGGCAUCAUGGAGGAUCAAAGAAAGAGUAGUUUAUGAUUGUAAAUAAUUGCAUCUCUACUUGUACACAAAGAGACACAUCCACCAAAUACAAGACAGACCGUACGUACCGUACCUGAAAUCCUUAUCAAGAAUGAUAGGGCACGUUAUCGCCACACCAACCCACCCCAUUCGGCCACGCGCCCACCAAGCCCUCGAUAAAAGUCACAUGACCCACACAACUCGUCGACCCAACUUUGUCGCCGCACCGCGCAUUUUCAACGAGUCACCCGCCAGCGCAAACCUCUUCCCACCGUCCGUCGUCGACCUUCAAGACCUACAAAACCGC